AUGUCAUUUCACGGUGUGCAUCUUAUUAUUAUCAUUUAUCUCUUCUUGUGUGCAAAAAUAGAUACUUCACCUGAGUAUGAAUCAGGCGACAUUAAUCAUGAGAAAACGAAGUAUUUUCGUGAUGAAAAUCAGCCAUUGUUAUCGCCCACGGAUGCACAGUGGGAGAAAUAUAUUAAAUUGAUUGAGCAAGCCGAAAAAGAUCAUUUGAAUCGAACAGACGAUCCAGAUCUGACAGUGUUUCAUCAGCAAAUCGACCGAGAUUUUUCCUACUGGAAAAAUCAAUCGAUUGACGGCAUACGACAACAGCUAACUGUAAGCGAAGCUACUGCACAUGCUCAUCGUCUUACGCUCUAUCAGAUCAUCAAUCAUCGUUUAUACCGUCAAACAGAAGAUCAAUUGAUUUUUCCAGCGCGAAAUCAUGGUAUCGAACACUUUCUUCUCAACAUCAUCGACUCCUUACCUGAUAUGGAGUUUUUAUUGAAUACUUACGAUUGGCCACAAAAUCAACCCACUAUCCCAAUCUUUUCAUUCAGCAAAUCAUUAGAUUCUCAUGAUACAGACAUUCUCUAUCCAGCUUGGGCGUUCUGGGAUGGCGGACCAGCAUUGGGUAGUGUCUAUCCAACAGGUAUCGGUCGAUGGGAUGUUAUGAGACAAACACUAAACAAAGCUCGCCAAACUUACCCAUGGUCGAAAAAAGAAUCUCGUGGUUUCUUUCGUGGUUCGCGAACGUCGCCGGAACGUGAUCCACUUGUUUUAUUAUCUCGCAACAGUCCUGAAUUACUCGAUGCGCAGUAUACAAAGAACCAAGCGUGGAAAUCGGACGAAGACACAUUGGGUUACCCACCAGCGAGUGAAUUAAAACAUGAAGAUUUCUGUCAGUUCAAAUAUUUAUUCAAUUUUCGUGGUGUAGCUGCAUCGUUUCGCUUACGUCAUUUGUUUUUAUGUGGCUCACUUGUUUUACAUGUUGGAUCUGAUUGGAUUGAAUUCUUCUAUGAACGUCUUGAACCAUGGUAUCAUUACAUUCCAAUUUCGACCGAUUUACAUGAAGUCAAAGAUAUUCUAUUAUUCGCACAAAACAAUGACCGUUUGGUUGCAAAGAUUGCUCGACAAGGACGCGAUUUUAUCUGGAAUGCGCUCACAAUGGAGAAUGUCGAACUUUACUGGAAAGAAUUAUUAUUGGAAUAUCAUAAACUGUUCGGAAACCCUCAGAAGCCUGUUACAAAGAAAGCCAAGUUUAUGCAAGUGCAUCGACGUCCGAAACCUUAA